AUGGAUCCCGAGGAAGUAACUGCUGCGGUUCUGAUCAUCGGCGACGAAAUACUCAAAGGAAAAGUCGCGGACGCGAAUGCUCCGUUUUUGUGCAAGCGGUUGUACCGUAUUGGCGUGAAGCUUGCGCGCGUUUCCGUCGUUGCGGAUGACGUGGAGAAAAUCGCGGACGAGUUGAAAGGUCUGUCCCGAAACCACACUUUUGUGUUAACCUCUGGAGGAAUUGGACCUACACAUGAUGACGUGACUUACGAGGCUGUCGCACGUGCAUUCAACGAACGAAUGAUUGAAAAUGCCGAGUUGACGAGCAUAAUGACGGGUUUUUUCCCGAUGCCUGAAGCAUCCGCCGCUUCGGCGAAUCCUGCAAUGAAGAUGGCUGAUGUGCCGGAAUCUGCGCAGUUGCAUUUUUUGCACAAAAGCUGUGGACAACUGGAUUCUCCUUUCCCUGUGAUAUCGUGUCAUAAUGUGUUCAUCUUCCCUGGCGUGCCUGAGUACUUGCGGCGUGGAUUCCUCAACUUGGAAUAUUUGUUUUGCAACCCGGACCGGCAAUUUUUUUCGCAAGACAUUCUCGUCAAGAUGACUGAGGUUGCUUUGAUCCCCGUCUUAAACAAAGCUCUCGAACGUUUCCGAGGAAGCAUCAACGGACCAGACCCAAUCCCGUGCACGAGACUCUCAAUUGAGUCGUUUGAUCAUGAAAAAAUUGACUGCGCAAAAGAAUUUUUCCGACAAGAACUCCCGGAUGGACUCGUCUCGGAUGUCGGUGAUGAUGAAUUGAUCGAAGAAACUGCGUCAAAGAUGGCCAGUGUUAUCAACACGUCAGAAGGAAAUUUGCCGGCCUGUGAAUGCUCCUUCAAAGUUCCGAUUGAAAAAGCUAUGAAGGCAUGUGAUAAAUAUAAAGUUUUACUUAUUUUUCAUCCGUCAUCAAAUCAUCAGGUGGUUGAGGAAAGCUUGGAUAUUUACAAGCAGGAAGAACUUUGUUUGGCGUUCAAUGGAGGCAAAGAUUGUUCCGCUUUGUUGUACCUGAUUUUAGCUGCCCGGAAGCUAAGGAAAGUAUCUUCCGAUACUGAGAAUUUACCUUUGCAAGUAGUUUACAUCAGAUGCCUCAACCCCUUCCCGGAAAUGGAACAGUUCAUUUUAGAAACAAAAAGAAGGUUCGGCUUGGACUUGAUUAUCAAAGAUGGACCUAUUAGGAAUGGGCUCUUGAGCUUGCUGACUACACAUCCAAAAAUCAAAGCUAUUUGGAUGGGAACUCGCUUGGACGAUCCAUGGCCAAAAAACAUUGUUCACUUCCAGAUGACUGACCCUGACUGGCCACAGCUGAUGCGUAUCAAUGCACUUCUUGACUGGAAGUAUCAUCACGUUUGGAGUUUCCUUCGGGAAUUCGCAUUACCAUACUGCACUCUGUAUGAUCGAGGGUUUACAUCCGUGGGAACUUCGGACAAUACCAGACCAAACUCAACAUUGAAAUACUGCGAUGUUUCUGGUCGAGAGCGCUACAGACCCGCUUAUUUACUCAAUGACUAUGCUUCAGAACGACGAGGUCGAAACGGGCCCUGUUUUUCGGAUAGUCGUCAGCAGAAUGCAAACGCCCAUGUCACGUCAGAUUCAGCGUGUCGAGUUAUUUCUUCGACAGAACCAAACGUGACGAACGGGAAAUCGUUUACGAUGGCGAGCACUGAAGACGUAUGGACCAACUUGGUUCGUUCUGCUGAGGGAAAACGUUUUCUUCUGGUAGGCGAAGGAAAUUUUUCUUUCGCUAGUGUACUUCUAGAAAAGAUUUCGGAAGCUGGGGUGAAAUUUGAUAGUUUCACGGCAAGUGGAUUUUCUGGACACGGCGAAUCUUGUAAUGAAAACAUUGUUCGAAUCACCGAUCAUGGAGGAAAGGUGAUGCACGAAGUCAAUGCUACGAAGCUAGGCGAUUAUCCAGAGUUUAAAGGUUUUGACUGCGUAAUCUUCAACUUUCCUCACGUUGGUGGAAAAAUGCGUUUGGACAAGAAUCGACAGCUGUUGCGGGACUUCCUCAUAUCCGUUAAUGGCGUGCUUCGAGAUGACGAUUCACUGGUUCUGGUUACGUUGUGUGGAGGACAAGGUGGAACAAGAUGGGAUAAACCUCAACGCACCUGGAAUGAUACUUGGAAGCUGCCUGCUGUGGCAAACUCGUGUAAAUUCCUUCUCAAGGAGGUGAAAGAAAUUUUCAAGUUACCGAUAAUGGAAAGUGGAAGUGACAGUGAAGAAAGUGAAUUGGCGGAGAUUCCAGGUUCGACGAGUUCAAAUUUUUUAAGGAACGUAAUAGGAUUCUGGAUCCUAGGUCUGUGCAAUAAUUUGCCGGGUGUUGUGCUUUUGACGGCUGCCAGGGAUAUUUUGGGACCAUCGUUUUUCAACCAGACGAACAUCAAUGAGACGGCACUUUUUGACGGACUUUCAUCCACUGAGGCUGUGCAAUCUGUGGAUUUGACUGAAAAUUCCGUCAGGGAAUGUAAUCCGUCAACUACCGGGAUUGUGUUGCUUAUUUCCGUUAUUCCCGGCUUAUUGACAAAGUUGUUUUGUCCCUUGCUCCCGAUUUCGAUCCGAUGGAAAAUAAUUGCUGUCGUGGUCUUGAAUGCCGUCGGGAUUGUGCUGAUCUUUUCUGCUACGAAUCGAACUGAGGUAUUCUCCGGACUCGUAUUGCACUCUGUUGGAGGAGCUUUGGGAGAAGUUUCCUAUUUGGGAUACACGGCGUCGUUUGAUGAGGCAGUGGUUGGGAGCUGGUCGUCGGGUACAGGGGGAUCAGGACUGCUCGGCUCAUUUGCGUACGCCGGUUUACGUUCUCUGAAGCUAUCGUCGAAAGAUGCAGUUGUAGUUUUCAUCGUCGUUCCUCUUCUCAUGAUCUUC